AUGUCAUCUCCAGUCAAACUCUAUGUCUACGAUUUAAGUCGAGGCAUGGCUCGCCAACUUUCUCGCCAACUAACUGGGAGGCAGAUCGACGGGAUAUGGCAUACCUCAGUAGUUGUAUUCGGGAAAGAAAUAUUCUAUGGACAAGGGAUCGAUAUUACGACGCCAGGUGGAUCGCAUCAUGGUCAACCUUUAACAAUUGUAGACAUGGGAGAGACCUCACUAGAUGAGGAAACGUUUAAUGAGUACUUGGAAGAGAUGAGGCAACACUAUACAGCGGACAAGGUACUUAGUUUGUCGAAACCUUUCACGAUAAAUGAUAUUGACGUGACGCUGCUUGCAGAAUUCAAUUGCAAUUCAUUUAGCGAUGACUGCAUUGGCUUCCUAACCGGCCAAAGUAUACCAUCUUAUAUCAAAGAUUUACCCACUGAUUUCUUAUCGACGCCGUUUGGCGCUGCUCUUCGUCCCACGAUUGAUGCAAUGUACCGACGUCCCACUCCUGGCCCUAUACCCACACCCGCCAGUGCUGCAGCCGCAUCUCCGGACCCUCAGCUUGCCUCCGCCAUCUUACAGGCUGUUGCGGCACAAGCCCAAGGUAACGGCACCGCCCAAGCUGGAUCCAAAGCUACAGAAUCUCUGGCAUCCCCAAUUCACAUAGUGACAAACCCGGCUUCCUUCAACGGAUUUCUGAAAACCCACAAGGCGUCGGUAGCUUUAUUUACCAGCAAGACGUGCCCUCCCUGCCGAGUGAUAGAACCCGUUUUCGAGCGCCUUGCUGAAGAAAAGGGAAUCCAAGAUGGUAAAGAUGGGGCUGCUUUUGCGAAGAUCGAUAUUGAUGUGGGAAUGGGUAACGCCCUGGCUUCUCAAUGGAAUGUGAGAGCUACUCCAACGUUUAUGUUUUUCCUAAAUGGACAGAAGCUUGACGAAUUAAAAGGAGCAAAUGCUAACGAACUAAGGUCGCAAGUCGAUCUACUCCUUUUCCAAGCCUAUCCUCCUCACCCACAUACAUCUUUAUCGAUGCCUGCCGUGCAGGCCCUAUCUACGAACGCAAUUAUAUUUUCUCAAGUUCCUGCUAUUGAUACCGUACUGGCAAAAUUGUCUUCAUUUAUUGAUGAGCAACCUACAUGGCCAGAUUCCUCGAAGCAAUCGAAGGCAACCGUCAAGACAGUACUUUCCAGCACUGUUCAACCGUAUCUUAAAUCCAGAUUCCAGCCCCCAAACCCGGCACCCAAUCCUCUGCCGUCCGCGUCACCAACUGUACUAGCUGCAUGGACAGAAACGUCUGCUAUUCUGGUCUCUGUGCUGCCUGUCGAAUCCCUGUUUCCCCUCGUUGACAUGUGGCGGCUGGCAUUCCUCGACCCUGCGGUCGGAACAUGGACCUCUAAUCUUAAGACAGCGUCAUCGGCUGUUGAUCCUGUAAGCGUGUUCCUACCAAAAGCAAUCGGAACACAGGACACAGCGUCCAAGGGCGCACGGAACUAUACGCUCACCGUGCUCCGCCUACUGUGUAACGCGUUUUCAAGUACAGCACUGGCUCAGACUUUGCUGAGGAAUGACGGGUCCCGGGGCCAAAUUAGUAGUCUUCUCAUACCGACUCUGUUGCACAGUGACCCUUUGGUGAGGACGGCGGCGUCCAGUCUUGCUUUCAAUGUCGCUGCUGUCCUGCAGAAACAAAGAAUAGACUCUGUGCGAAGCGGUAAAGGCAUCAAGGCGGACUCGGAGGAUUAUCUUGCAGAUUGGGAGGUUGAGAUUACAAGCGCGAUAAUUGAAGCUAUUGAUAGAGAGAAAGAGAACGAGGAAGUCGUACAUCGCCUCACAGCCGCGCUCGCGUUCUAUGUGCGCCUUUCGCCCCAAUACGAAAGUCAACUGCAACCUCUUUUGGAGGUCCUUCAAAGUAGACAAUUGCUCAAGAGCAAACUAGCUAAAGGAGAUGGUUGGAAUUCAGACGGUGGUAUCACAAAGAAAGAUAUUCGAAAGCUUGUGGAAGAAGUAGCCGGAAAGCUCUGUGCGUGA